AUGGGGCAUUCUGUUCACCAGUUCAAGGCGCUGUUCUGGAAGAAUUGGCUCUGCCGGCUGAGACAACCGGUGCUGUCUCUCUCUGAAGUACUCUGGCCAUGCAUACUGUUCCUAAUUCUGGCUGCAAUUCGCAUCCAGCAACCUUCAAAACACCAGGAAAACUGUUAUUUAGAAGCCCGAGAUUUGCCAAGUCGGGGCCUUUAUCCUUUUGUUCAGAGUCUCUUCUGUAAUGUUGGCUCAAGGUGCAAGAACAGCAGUUACACAUCUCAGAAACAACACAGUUUCCGCGCUUCCAGUUUCCAAGGUGGUCAGGACAGCGUUAUGGGAACUGACCUGACAUUCCUGAAAGAGAUACAAGACUUUGCGAAGGGGAUUUCAGAGACCUCAGAGAAAGCUAUUACUUUACAAAAGCUGUGGGAGGAAGAAUCAAAGUUCUCAGGGUCCACCAACAGUUCCAUUUUCUUAACCAUGGACUGGAAUGAAACUGAGAAGAUGAUUUCUGUAGUUGAAAGCCUCCACAACCAACCCUAUUUCUGGGACUUUCUGCGUUCACUCCCAUGGCUGCAGGCAAGCAGCCUUUACAAAGAAGGUGGGAUACGUGCUACAGCUCAGUUUCUGCAGACUAUUAAAAAUUCCUUAGCAUCCUUAGAAGAUUUAGAUGCAGUUCUAUCAAACCAAAGUUUCUACAAAGCAGUGAAAAUAGGACUGAAUAUAACCAUCACAGCACUGAGCUUCUUGCAAGACUGGAGCCUUGAAGGCUCUCGGUACAACCUGACUCUUUGGGAUAUUGUGUGGGAUCCACAUGCAGUCAAAGUGGAACUUGAAUCCGGAUUUGGUUUAGAUGAUCUUCAUAUUGGAAAACUCUUGAACUAUACGGCAGAGUUCAGUAAGAUUCCCACAGAAGGCACACUGGAGCAGUUUGUAUGCUCAGUCCUGUCCAAUGUGUCCGAAUUUAAAGCUAACAAAGAGGAUAAUGAAGGCGGCUGUAUUCAUGCAUGGCUUGAGGCCAAAGUCAAUCUUGUCCAGUCUGUCAACAAGAUCAAACUCUACAUGCAGAUAUUUCAGCAGUGGUUAAGCAAUAAUGAGCCUCAAAAAUUCCUUUUUGAACUUGGAAGAAGCAUGGCUGAUCUUGUGUCUCAAUAUCCAGAGGACAGUGAGGCCUGGAAAAUUAUUUCAGCAAUAAAUAUCCUGAUCCAACAUGUGAAUGAGAAAUUGGAACCAAACUUUGCAGAAAGACAUCGUGAAUCUCAGGAUGUAACCCUGUAUCUGGAGAAACUGCAGAAGUUGCCUCAAUGGCCUGUUAUGAAGAGACUGCUUCUCGUAGAUGGAGCUAUAAGGAAUGUAAUAAUCCACAAUUUAUAUUUCACUAAAGAAAUUGUACAUAAUCUGGAAAAAAUGAAACCCUUUAUUAAAAGAGAUGGGCUCAUGCAUCUAGACAUUGAAACACUCUUUUUGGAGUUAAAACAGAUCUUGAUGAGUAACAUGUCCUGUACAUGCCAGGAUCUGCUCACCAUGUUUGAGAAGGCUGUUCAGCUUCCACAGGACUUAAAAGUCAGAGACAUUUUAGCAGGGUUCCUGUGCCACCACAACUAUCCAAAUGAGACUUUCAAAUUAAGCAACCAAAUCCAGUCAGUAAAGGAGUCUGUCCUACUUUUGCAGAAAGUACUUCGUGGAGAACAGAGCCUGCCAGAUUCAAUAAUGGAAGAAUAUUUGGGAUGGCAAGAAAUAGAACAGCAGCUCACUGAAAAUAGUGCUGCUUACUGUAAAAUUAAUCAGUUGCUGAGCACAAAGACUCUAUCUGGGGAGGAUGUCUACUUCCGCUCUUGUCAGGAGCAGCUACUCCACUCAUUGGUUAUUCAUACACUUGAAGAAAUAUGGUUUGCUUUUGAGGAAGACCCGUAUUGGAAGGACUUAACUACAUUUGUUAGGAGAACAUGUGAGAUAGCUCAAUAUGUGAACAAGGAAGAAGGUUUCACCAGAGGUCACUCAAAUGAUACUGAAGCAUCUCUUUGUUCUGGACAAAAGCUCAAUCUGAAGGCCAUCAUUGAUAGUUACAUAGCAUUUCUGCAAAACUUAACGAAUUCCCCAUUCAUUUCAUGGUCUAGAUGCAUAGCAAUAGGGCUGAAUUCUGCUCCCAUUGAAGACAAUGAGAGAGUUUUGCCAUUGAAUUUAUUGGGAGCACGAUCAGGUCACAUAAUCAGCCACACAGGAACAAAUGCACUUGUCCAGCUGGAUAAAAAUGUCAGUAAAGCAAGGAUCUUGACAUCUGUCAAAGAGCUUUUGAAGAGGGAAAAGAACAUACAGGUUCUUGAAGGGUCGGAUUCGGUCUUCAUUCUACAACUCACAGAAUUCAUACAAGAAAUGUUGAUGCCUGGUUCUUCAGCCUCUUCAAGCCUCCAAGACUUACAGUCCCUAACAGAAAUAGCCUUGAAUAAUGCAAUUAUGUGGCUUAACAGUUCUGCCAAUAUGAAGGCAGAUGCUACAGAUGUUCAUAUAUUUUCUGAACUCAAUAAUGAACUACUAGAGAAUUAUCAACUUCUUGCAAGGCUCUGGCAGAGUGAGCAGCUGGAAGUAUUUUGGCAAGUAGUAAAAAAGUUCUUGGAUCAACGUGACCAUAGAACUCCAGUGGAAGCAAUAGAGAUGCUGCAGAUGUUCUUAUCUAAAAUUAUAAUAUCUUCUCUUCAGGAAAAUCAAAAAGUCCUUAAUAAAAGUUUGCAAUUCUUCCAGAAAAUUCUUACAGAAUGGCCUGAAUUGAGUUUUCUUGACAUAGAUUAUGUAAACAACUUCAGUGAAAAAUUCAUAAGGAAUCUCUAUGAGGUUGGAGUGUUGACUCAAGAACAUUUCACUACCGCUCUCAGCACCAUUCAUGCUAUGAGAAAUGUCUCUUCUGUUCUAGUCUCAAAUACAACUUCUGUAUCCAAAGUACAAGAUGUAGGGGAAAUUGUGUCUGAUUUCUACCAAAGCAUCCCAGAGGUAGGGGACAGUAAUGCAGCCUCACUUAUUCAAAUGCUUUUCUUUGUCUACCAAAACAUUGAUCAGUUAAGUAUCCAGAGUAAUAAUUCUGUGCUAACAUUCUUCCAGAAGAUCUCAGAAGACAUUUCAUCUACUCCAAUUCAACAUGAUUUCCAAAACAUGAGUGAGGUUUUUCACUUUCUGUCUGAAGCUAUACAUCUCCUCCAGGGUCUCACCCAGAAACCUCUCUGUGAAAAGUUAGCAACAGUUUACAACUACGUAGCGCUCCAGGCCCAGUCCCUAGCACAGAAAGGGAAACAAGAGAUAGAAGUGGUAUACAGUACUCUGGGGAGCCUUAAAACUAUAUUUACAGACACAGAGCUUCAUACAACUGCCUUUCAGUAUUUGAAACAACUUUUUGACAUCUCUGCAGAAAGCUUGUUAAAUAAUGAAUGUGCUGAUUGGUAUACGCCUAGCAUUCCUUCUGUGAGGCAAACAGGAGAUGUUCUUAACUCACUUGUACUCCCAUUGGUCAGAGUUCUGUCAAAUACAUCAAACUUUAAAAGUGAGGUAAAUGUGCCUUUUGCCAUGCAUUGCACUGCUACCUGGCUUCAGAUGUGGACAGAGAUUUUGGAAGAAAUGUCUGAAAUACUAAGGUUGGAUUUAAAUUUUUUCAGUUAUCUUCGGAAUGGCCUGAACCACCUUUCUGAAGGCCUCGAAAAUUUAACCCAUGCUGAACUGUGCAAUACAACAUUUACAAUCAAUCCUGAAACUAUAUCAGCAAUACAUCUACUGAAAAUAAUAACAGAAGCUUAUAACUUAAAUGAAUGGAAAGACUUUGAGACUCUAAGUGGUCUCAUAAGUAAACUUAGCAAUGUAAUUGAUGCUCUCAGCUCAAUUAAAAGAGAGAGUUUAGAGGAAGCUUUUCAAACAAUGGAAAAUGUGACUGUCAAAUUGCAGAAAUCUCUAUUGAAGGUUAACGUUAGCAGGGAGUUUUUGGAUUCUUGGUUUGAUGUUUUCCUUCCAUUGAGUUCUAAAGUGGAAUAUAGAGAUACACAUGUAGAUUUCAUUGGGCAUUCACUUUCAGAUAUUCUAACACUUUCUAUGGAAGAAUUUGGAACUGUUCUCACUGACCUAAGAGAGACAGCUGGAUUCCUUAAAAAUAUAUCCCGAGAUCAAGAUCUAUUGUCUUGUGUGAUGAUUUUCCAGAAUGUUACCAAGUUAGUUUUGGAAGAUAUUUUGAAGGAGAAAAAUGUUUCACAGAUAAGUGUUCUGUCUCAUCUUAAUCCUCUUCUAAUCUCGGAUAAUAUAGUGAAUGUACUAGAGGGUUGUAAUAGAUGGAUGCAUAUUAUCAGUAGCCUCAAUGAGAAAUACAUCACGUAUUCCCACCUUGAGAAUGCAAAACGUGUUUUAUUUUUGUUGACAUCUCUGGGAAGCAUUAAUGAGACUGAUACUAGCUUAAAGAAUACCCUGGAUAUUGUUAACAUGACUUUUAACCUCAGAGAACCUCCAUGCUUACUAAAUGGUUCUGAUGCACAUUGUGCAGAUGUUUAUUUCAGCAUUCUAGCAAAAAUUUUAAAAGUUCUUCCUACGUUUUCUGAAAAAGAUGAUGGACAGACCCGUGACUUUAUCUUUACUCUAUUGAAUGCGUCAAGGGGCCAAAUUCGGUCAAUUGUCAAAGACUUAAUGAGAUUCUCACCAUAUACAUCUGACUCAGAACAGAUGUAUUUCAUUAAAUUAAUCACUGGAGCCACCAAGAAUUCAAGUGAAGUCCCUAAUUUGCCUCAGAGUCUUCAGCCUCCUUCAGUAGCACUUUUGAGAGGAAUUCAAAUUUUUCUGAAGAAUAUAACUUCUGAAACCCUACAAAACAGCUCAUCUCUUCUGGACACUGUAAAUCUCCUAAAUGCAUUUGAAGCUCUUCCACAAGACAAAAUUAUGAGCUUGCUAAAGAAGUCCUUGCAACAUGUGAUUAGCUACUUUAUGUCAAACUUGCCUCAUAAUAUGCAAAGUUUGCAAAAUAUAACUCUGCAUACAUGGAUGAAAGCAGCAGACCUCAAGGUGGAACUAGUAAGGAAGGCACUAAACAUCUUAAAGUCUCAUAACCUUACCAAUUUUCCGAUACGAUCAGGUGAUAAAGGAUUUCCAAAGCAUAUGGCAACUUUGGUGAAAAACAUUGAGAAUGCAGAUCUAGAAUUCUUAAUAGAUCAACUCAAACAAGUCAGUAAAAGCCUGCAUAAUUUCUUUAAAAAUGUCAAAACUGUGUACAUUGAGAAUUCUGUUCUGGACAAGUUGACAGGCUGGGUAGAUUCCUUUGAGAACAAUUCAUAUUCUUGGAACUUGACCAACUUAUGGCAAAUCACUCAAUUAUUUAAAGAGACUGAGCUUGAUGAUAUAUUACAGGUGCUUUACAUUCUUCCUGAUGGUGUUAGUCUUAUACAGCGAUUGGCUCACAAAAACAUCACUGAUGCCCUAAUUGAAGUGUACACUUUCACAUCAACUCAGGAAGCAAACAUGUCAAUAUGUACCAAGGAAGAUUUAUCCAAUAAAGUAGAUAGCCUUCUAGAGUUACUGGAAGUAGUAACUGAUAUGCCUGAGGAAUCUGCAAGGGCUUUGGGUUGUCUGACUGCAGUUAUCUGCUGGAACCUCACAACGGCAACACCUCAGAAUGACCCAGCUUUAAGGACUUGUAACUUAAAUGCACACACAAAUUUUUCAUCUAUUUACAACACGAUUGCUGACGUACUUGAGCAGUUCAAGCUGACAACUCCAGGGGGACAUGACCUAUGUUCUAAUGAAGAUUAUCUGAGGGAGAUCACUUACAAAGUGACUUGCUUCUUUCAUCAGUUCAAAGAGUGGAACUCCAUUCUUCUGAAGCUUUCUGAGAUCCACAACAUAAAUAGUUUGGCUCUGAAACAGCUUCUGGGGUUUUGGAAUAAGCUAUCAGUAUAUGUUAUGGCUUUUGGAAAUAGUAGUACCAUCUCAGUCUAUUGCUCUUCCACACCGAAGAGACAAGCUGCUUUACAGCUCAUAGAAACACUAAACCACAUGACAUCAACAGAGAUGGCAAUGGCCAAAGCUAUUUUUGAACAGUUAGCAGAUCCGUAUCAUGCCCUAAAAUUGGAUAGAAGCACAGGAAUGUCUGUUCCAAAGGCUCUUCUUACUCAUUUAAAAAGUAUGGCCAAUGAAAUUUCCGGAGUGCUGGAUAAUGAAGAUGUCUUAUCUUUUCUUUCUGCAGUCCAGCCUUUGCUGACACUGUCUCCUGUUGGAAACCAAACUUACAUGGUGCUUAUGGCAUUAUCAGCUUUGAGUAGAAACAGUAGUUUGAUUGGUAACUUUGAGGCCCUUUGGCUUGAUACAGAGAGAGGCAUACAAGAUUUAUUAGUCAAUUUUAGUGUUCCAAACUUACUUUCUGUGAUAGACAAAGAAGUUCAAUUACUAAGUGCAGCAGCCAGAAAAAAUUCUUCAUUGGCACUUGCUAGUUUAUUAAAGCAGUUUAAUUCAUCAUCUUUAGAAACUCUACUAAGAAGCUUUGAGGACUUUCAAGAAGUUGCAAGAGACUGGCUACACGAGUACACUAAUAAAAAUUUCUCUAGAAUAAUAAAUGCACUAGUUGUCCUUAUGGCCAAUGAAAAGUCGUCUGAUGACAUAGUACUGAUUAUCAAAGGUAUCAUUGAAUUUUUGGAGCUCUUCACAAAUGGCUCUAAAGAAGAUCACAUUGAUAUAUCAUUUGUUGCUGAUCUUCUUAGUGGGGAAAAGCUGAAUAAUGUUCAUGUUGCUCACAUGAUUUUACAGAACAGUCUGCUUAACAUGCUCUCUGACCUCACUACUAAAGAAGAGGUACUGGACUUAAAUGAUACAGACCUUCAGCUAAUGGACUUCAUUGAUUUGUUUUUUGAUGAUGCACAAUAUGAAAAUUAUGGAAAAGAGAUUGCCUCAUUCCAAAGCAGGACAAUGGAGAUGAUAAAAGAGUUUUUACAGAUAAUCUUUUCAUCUUCUGGAGGACAUUAUAGCAACAAAAUGUUUGUCUUAUUAAAAAACUUACAUAAGGAUAUAAUUGCAGAAAUGAGAAUAUUCACCAAAGAUGAUAUUGGAACGCUACUAAACUUGGAUCAGUCUGUUAAUCUAAAGGAAGAAGUUGAUGGGUUGAAAGAAAAUAUGUAUGACUUAAUCAAGGAUGCAGCCAUAUCCGAAAAUGGGACACUUCAUUUUGACAAUGCAAAAGGAUUGAAGUUUAUGAGGGAUUUGUUUAAUGUCCUGUUUAAAGAUUUUUCUGUAAAAAAUGGCAGCAGAAGUAACUAUGAACUGUUUACUUUUGUGAAUCAUGUGUUAUUUAAUACAAGUAAUUCUGGGGACCUUGCCCAGCUGAUUAGAGAUCUUUCUAGAACUCUUCAAUUUAUGAGGCAAACUUCUGCAGAAAUGGGAAACCUCAUGAAUUUUUUUAACAAUCAUUUCAAGGAUUUCCUAGUUAGCUAUCCUACUUUUCGAGAAAUGGUACUUGCUAAUUUAACAGAACUGUUGGCCUCUGUGGAUAAGGUGUUUCCUUUGAAAAAUAGGCAGAUAAUAGAAAUUACAGAGACAUUACUUGAUCUCCUCUUGUGGAGCAGUGGCGCUAACUAUACUCGCAGCCCCUUUCCAGAGCUUGCUGUUGAUUUGCGCUCAUUGUUGUGGGAAAGCAAUGAAUUUGUAAAGCUAGCAAAAAUAGUAGAAGCCAUUGUUAAGUUUUUGACAUUGUCCAAGAAAGCUUCAGAAAAGGUAGCUAACAUUUUGGAACCAUCUAUCAACUCAAAUGCUACGGAAAACUUAGACUACAUUGAGAUGGUCUAUUCAGACCUCCAAAGAGCUGUUCAUGAUGCAAUAGAAGAGUUAACUGAAACUGAGACUGCAGACAUUCUGCGUUCAAACCACCAUCAAGUGGCAGAUUUGGGAAAAGCAUUUCUUGAUUUGACCUACUUGUCUAUUCGAGAUAAGCUUUCCAGAUCAUGUGGCUCUGGAACUGCAAACAUAUCAACCAGACUGCUCACAAAUCUGAGCAAACUCAAUGAUUUAAAUGAUAUUGCAGGUGAAAUCGCUAAGUUUUUAACAAAUGUGCAGAAUUAUUCUGCAGAAUUGGAAAGACUUACUGCAAUUGUUACCCGUGCAAGCAUAAACUCAUCUGAUGAUACUGCCAGUCUAAUAGAAGAUCUUCUUGAUUUUUUUGUACCCAUUAAUGAUAUUAUUAGCAAAAUACAUUUAACUUCUAGACUAAAUUUUACUCAUGACCCAAUAAAUGAAGAAAAAUGGGAGGGAAUUCAGGAAAUGAUUACUUAUUUGUGCAAAGGAAACAUUACAGGAAUAAAAGCUUCUAUCAGAGCUGUAGCUGAUCUCUUUCUGGGAGCUUUCUGGAAAAAUUACUUAAAUGAAAAUGACUUAAAUCUGCUGCUGACUUAUGCAGACAACCAAGAAGACUUUCUUAAAGUUUUAGAAGUCACUAUGGAAUCAUUCAAGUUAAUGAAGAAUAUUUCUGGAGGAAGCUUCAACCUGUGGUCACUUUUUGCCAGCCUUAUCAACCAAAAUAUAACCUACCAGCAGAAGGAACAGUCCAUCUGGGAAACAGUUAUUGAGGACUCAUUAAAUAGAACUAAUCCUUGGAUAGAGUUGCUGCAUUUAAGUGCUGAUCAGCAAGUGAAUUCUACAAGAGACUUACUCCAAACAGUUAUGGGGUUCUUUGCUAAUGGAACUUCUGGUACAGCUGACAUGGCCCAGUUGGAAAACAGCAUACUACGGAUGAUGCAUGACUUUGACUUGAUUUUCAAACCUUUAUCGUCAUAUGAAAAGUAUGCCAGACAGUUGGUUAACUUGGCUGAGUAUUGGCGACAAGGCCCACUAAAAGAACAAAGAUUUUCUGAGAUGUGCCAGGGUUUCCAGAAGCAGUUAAGCGCUGCUAAUGCCAGACUGCUACAGAAGGUGCAGAUUAUGGCUUUGAGUGUAUUUACAAUCCUUUCAGACAACCCUACUGUCAUCAGCAACCUUCUCUGUGCUUUUACGAGCUGUAAGGAUGGCCUAACAAGGCAUUUCCUCCUUUCUGCCAUUGAAGGAAUCAAUUUGGUUCAUGAGCAGUAUCAGGAUAUUGAAACAAUGUGGUCAGCUUCCAAUGAAGGGGACUGUGGGAACCUUUUAUAUGUAAAGAGGAAGCUGUCCAGUACCUUGGAGAGUUUCCAGAGAGCAUUAGAAAAUAUCACCUACAGCAGCUGUGAAUGUCAAAUCACCUUAGAGAACAUCCAGAAACACAUGCAAAUGAUGUCUGGAAACCUAGAGGCACCUUUGUCAGAAAAUCUAGUGAUAGCUUUUGUCAGUAACUUCAGUCUGCCAAAUGAUGUGAAAAUCAAAGACUGCAUGCAGAAUGUUCCUGAGCUGGCACGGGAACUUCGUUCUUUAGUCAACAUUUCUGAAGAUACUAUCGACACACUCCUGGAAGCCAAUUUCUCAGAGUCCAAGUUUCUCUACAGUGCCCUUGCAGUAGCUUUAGCUGGAAGAUGUGACAAGGAAGUGCUUAGUCUCUUGCUGACACUUCCUGAAAAUGGCAAAACUUCUCUGGCAGUGAAGGAACUUUGUUCUCUCCCAGCGCUGGACUUGUAUACCGUGAUUGUACAGAUUACCCAGAACUUGAACUUGCGUAAUAUCAUUUACAAGAUCAUGAUACCUUCCGAGGUCAACAAGUUACUGAAUGCCUUGUUGGAAGUGGUCAUUAGCAUCAGCUCCCUUUUAAAAAAAGGCCAACAUGUUCUUGAAAAUCUUCCCAUGUUCCUCCAAGCAUUCAAAAGUGUUGAUCUGCUUGACAUCUCGGCAUUUCAACAGUUCCUACAGGGUGGGAAAUCUAGAAGUUCCAUUGUUGGAUCCCUUCAGUCUUUAAUCAGGGCAGUCUGUAAAGAAGAAUCCUCUUUCUUCAGCAACACCAACAUGUUCAUUGACAUGCCCAAGAUCACUGAGCUCUUGGAAGAUGAUAUGGCAAAAUACAGCAUUCCCGAAGACUCAACUCCAUUUUGCUUGCAGCUUUAUCAGGAAAUUUUACAGUCACCUAAUGGGGCUUUGAUGUGGACCUUCCUGAAGCCCCUGUUACAUGGGAAGAUACUGUACACCCCCAACAGUGAAAAGUUUAACAUGGUGAUAGAAAAGGCUAAUCACACAUUUGGUUUUGUGGACAACCUGAAGAUUUAUUCUGAGGCAUGGCUGAGGAUGUCUGGGGUUUUUAAGAGCAGUGAAAACUUCCUCAUGGUCAGUCAGCUCCAGGAAGCUCUCCAAAACAGUUUUAUAAAGAACUUCAUUGAAAGUCGCUUGAAUAUUGAUGUGGGGAAUCUCAUUGGAAAGCUGCAAGAGUAUGAGCCUAUGAUGGAGAAAAUGCUCAAUAACUCGGUGACUGAGCAGAUUAACCUAUUGGCACAGCUCAUGGUAAAUAUCUCCUCCUGUGUGUUACUGGAUCGCUUCCAGCAUCUUGAAUCUGUGGAGAAAUUGGAGGCGAAGGCACAAGAGCUCAUGCAACAAAAUAAUUUCUUGGCAAGUAUUAUAUUCAACACCUCAAGUAAAAGGAGACGCAGAGAAGAUUCUGCUAGCCACCCCCCACAACACAUUUCAUAUACAAUUAGAACUAGCGUUCUGUACAGCAUGAGAACAGAUCUGCUAAAAAACCCAAUGUGGAAAUCCCAUCCCCCAAACCUGCCAGGUGACGGGUUCAAAUACAAUCACAUCUUCGUUCCACUUCAAGACAUGAUUGAAAGAGCCAUCAUUGCAGUACACGCUGGAGCAGAUGCCUCUGAGCCAGAAAUACAAGUGCAAGCAAUGCCAUAUCCAUGCCACACCAGUGACCUGUUCUUGAACAAUAUUGGUUUCUUUUUUCCACUCAUAAUGAUGUUAGCAUGGAUGGUAUCUGUUGCUGGCAUGGUCCGAAAACUGGUUUAUGAGAGGGAAAUUCAUCUUGAAGAGUAUAUGAAGACAAUGGGUGUGAAUCCUGCCAUUCACUUCCUGGCCUGGUUUCUGGAGAAUGUCAUUGUCCUCACUAUAAGUAGCUGUGCUCUGGUCAUCAUUUUAAAAGUUAGCGGCAUCUUUGUGUACAGUGAUGGCUUCCUAGUCUUCCUCUUCCUCCUCGAUUUUGGAGUUGCGGUUGUUAUGCUAAGCUACCUGUUGGGUGCAUUUUUUAGCAGUGCCAAUACAGCAGCUCUCUGUGCCAGCCUUAUAUAUGUGAUCAGCUUUUUACCUUACAUAGUUUUGUUGGUCCUGGAGAACCAACUUAGCUUUGCCCUCCAGAUCAUUACAUGCUUUCUGUCUACAGCUGCCUUUGGGCAAGGAGUAUUUUUCAUUACAUUCUUUGAAAACCAAGAAAUAGGCAUUCAAUGGAGUAACAUGUACCAGCCCCUGGCACAAGGAGGAUCCAUGACCUUUGGAUGGGCUUGCUGGAUGAUUUUCUUUGAUUCAAUUCUAUAUUUAUUAGCUGGCUGGUAUUUCAGCAAUGUAAUCCCUGGAAGAUUGGGGUUCAGAAAGCCAUGGUAUUUCCCCUUUACUAUCUCUUACUGGAAGAAGCUGUGUGGUACAGAGAAGAGAAGGAAACAUCUGAAUUCCAAUAUGCUUUUUGUCAAUGAAGGUUCUCUGCCUGCAAAUGAGAGAAGCAUGAGUGAAGGAGGAAGCCCAAUAGGAGUUAUACUGAUGUCACUCACCAAAGAAUACACAGACAACAAAAAGACUGCAGUUAAAGAUCUCAGCCUCACUUUCUACAAGGGUCAAAUCACAGCUCUCUUGGGUGCCAAUGGAGCUGGCAAGACUACAAUAAUAUCAAUGUUGACAGGCCUGUACCCUCCCAGCUCUGGGACCAUCAUCAUCAAUGGAAGGGAUAUACAUACUGAUCUGGCUGCUAUCAGAAUGGAGAUGGGUGUUUGCCCACAGUAUGAUGUGCUGUUUGACACCUUAACUGUGCGAGAACAUCUGCUGUUCUAUGGUUCAGUGAAAGCGCCUCUGUGGACAAAGAAACAGUUACAUCACCAAGUCAGUAGAGCCCUGGAAGAUGUGGAUUUAUCCCACCACCAGUUCAAACAUGUUGGAGCCCUGUCUGGGGGAAUGAAAAGGAGGCUCUCAAUUGCUAUCUCCUUUAUUGGAAAUUCGAAGACAGUUGUUCUAGAUGAGCCCACCAGUGGUGUGGAUCCAUGUUCACGUCGGAGAAUCUGGGACAUUCUGUUGAAGUACAGAGCUGGUUGCACCUUGAUCUUCACCACUCACCAUCUCGAUGAGGCAGAAGUGCUCAGUGAUCGCAUUGCCAUCCUGCAGCAUGGGCAGCUGAGAUGCUGUGGUCCUCCCUCUUAUCUGAAGGAAACAUAUGGCCAGGGAUACAGUCUAACACUCAUAAAAAAGCCCUCUGCGAUUGAAAUCCAGGAUCCUGAGUACAUCAGUCGAGUCACAUCUCUGAUACAGUUCUAUGUACCAGAAGCAUUCCUAAAAGAGAACAGUGGGAGUGAGCUGACUAUUGCCAUUCCAGCGAAGGCAGAUAAGUCCUCCUUUAAAGGCCUCUUUCAGGCUAUGGAUGAAAACCUUGAACGUCUACACGUGACUGGCUAUGGCAUUUCAGAUACCACCUUGGAAGAGGUAUUUUUGAAGCUGCUGCAGGACACAGAGCAAAUGCCACAAGUUCCCCUGGCAGAGGAGUUGGGGCUCCCCCACAUUAACAGCUGUGAAUCAACCUACCAAAACUAUGAGGCCGUCACAGGCACUUUCAUCUCUGGACCACCUCCUAUAGACAGCUGCGCCCAUCAGGACCUUCUGCUCAAGGUAGCAUGUAACAUGGGUCUGCAGGCCGAGGAGGUUGUGGAGUCAGAGGACCCAGUGGUCGAUAUUCUGGCCCCAGAAGGUCCUUCAAGGUUCAAGGACCUUGUGUCAACUGAGUCCAGGGAGGAGUUUGGGGCCAUAGUAGAGGAGGGCAAGGCGGUGGCACAGACCUCUUUACAGGCCUCACUGGAUGCUAUGGACUUGGAGGUGCGCACCUUGUCCUCAGAUCUGGGAGACUGGUAUGCCGCCCUCGACAUGAAGGACGCAUACUUCCACAUAGCGAUUCGUCCAGUGCACAGGCGCUUCCUGCACUUCGCAGUCAACCACGAACAUUACCAAUUCACUGCCCUACCAUUCGGCCUCUCAACAGCCCCCCGAGUGUUCACCAAGUGCAUGUUGGUCGUGGCUUCUUUCCUCCAUCGACAGCAGGUGCAAGUGUGCCCCUACCUCAAUGACUGGCUGCUCAGGGGCCGCACCAGGGCACAGAUGCAGUCCCAACUCUGCUUGGUCAGAUGCACGUUAGAGCAGCUGGGUCUCCUCCUCAACUUGGAGAAGUCGACCCUGGAACCGACCCAGAGAAUUGAAUUCAUUGGGGCAGUGUUAGACUCAGUCCAAGCGCGGGCCCUUCUACUGGAGUCCCGACUCCGAGCCAUCACAGACAUCGUUCAAAGCCUCCAGCAAUUCCCUACCUCAACAGCAAGGGGGUGCCUGAGUCUCCUUGGCCACAUGGCUUUUUGCACUUAUGUCACCCGGCACACCAGGCUCCGGCUCAGACCAUUUCAGACGUGGCUCACCUUGGCCUGCCACCCGGGGUGCAACAGCUUGAAUUCAGUGGUCAAGGUGCUGGGACAGGUCCUCAUGUCCAUUCGCUGGUGGCUCGACCCCCAAGCAUUGUGCGGAGGAGUCCCCUUCCACAACCCCCAACCUUCCUUGUCCCUGGUUAUGGAUGCGUUGGGUAACUCACUCCUGGAUGCCCAGAGUGUGCGUGGAACAAGGCUUGUUUUCACACAGAUUGCUGCCCUUUUAAUGAAGCGGUUUCACCACACCAGGCGAGACUGGAGAGGAACUCUAUCAAAUGUUCUGCUGCCUGUCCUCUUUGUUGCCAUGGCAAUGGCGUUGUUUACUGUGAAGCCAUUAGCUACUGAUUAUCCUUCACUCAAGCUGAUGCCAGGCCUUUAUGACAAUGUAGAAUCCUCCUUCUUUAGAAAAAAUGAUUCAUGCUGGCAGACUGAGCCUAGUCCACCACAGGAAUUCUUGGAUGCAUGUGGGUGUGACACAGAUCAUCGGAAGUGUCCAAGCUUCAAUGUGUCUGCUGCCUACCUGAAGAACAGGAAAGGGCAUGUUCUGUACAACCUCUCGGGUUUCAAUGUGGAAGAAUACUUAAUCAUGCCUACAAACAAAGCAAGAUAUGGAGGCUGGUCUUUUGGUGUGAAAACAUCCCCUGAACUUCAAGACCUAAACCUGAAUAAAACAUACUCUAAGCCUCUGGCUAAGGUGUGGUACAGCCAGAAAGGUUUCCAUUCACUGCCGUCUUCCUUAAAUCAACUCAACAACCUUAUUCUGUGGAUGAAUUUGCCUCCUUCUGUGGACUGGAGACAGUAUGGAAUCACGCUCUAUAGCCAUCCAUAUGGAGGAGCCAUGCUAGAUGAGGACAAAAUAAUGGAGAAUGUUCGCCAGUGUGGAGUGGCACUGUGUAUCAUGUUGGGUUUCUCUAUCCUUACGGCAUCCAUUGGAAGCUCGGUAGUGAAAGACAGAGUGUCCGGUACAAAGCGGUUGCAGCACAUAUCUGGACUUGGCUACAAGACCUACUGGCUUGCUAACUUCCUGUAUGAUAUGCUGUUUUACCUGGUUCCAGUCGGCCUGUGUAUCAGUGUUAUUGCUGCCUUCCAGUUAUCAGCCUUCACUUUCCGAGAAAACUUGGCAGCCACAGCUCUCCUGCUGAUACUCUUUGGAUAUGCAACUUUGCCAUGGAUGUAUCUGAUGUCCAGAUUCUUCUCAAGUUCAGACAUAGCUUUCAUUUCUUAUAUCUCCUUAAACUUUGUGUUUGGUCUUUGUACCAUGCUGGUGACCCUCUUGCCUCAUUUGUUAGCCACAGUUUCCAAAGCACAGAAUUUGCAGAAUAUCUACAACAUCCUCAAGUGGGCCUUUAUUGUUUUCCCACCAUUCUGCUUGGGCCAGGGUUUACUAGAACUUUCCUACAAUCAGAUCAAGUUUGACCUGACAAGCAGCUUUGGAAUCGAUUCUUAUGUGAGUCCUUUUGAGAUGAAUUUCCUGGGUUGGAUCUUCGUGGCAAUGGCCCUGCAGGGCACAGUUAUUCUACUCCUGAGGGUUCUGCUGCAUUGGGACCUGCUCCAGAAACUAAGGAGUCACUGUUCCAUCAGCAGCACAGUCAAUCCUUCAGAAGACGAGGAUGUAGAAGUGGAACGAAAGAGGCUCUUUGGUGGAAGAACUCAAAAUGAUAUCCUUCUACUGUACAAUCUCAGGAAAUGUUACCAAGGUUUCAGCAAGAGGAACACUGCUGUGAAAGACAUUAGCUUGGGGAUACCAAGGGGAGAGUGCUUCGGGCUCCUGGGAGCAAAUGGUGCUGGGAAAAGUACAACAUUUAAGAUGCUGACUGGAGACAUCACCCCAUCUGGGGGGCGUGCUGUUAUCAGGACUCCUACAGGAUCUGAAAUGGAUAUAUUGUCUGCUAGCUCUGAAGGGAUUCUGAUUGGCUACUGCCCACAGCAAGAUGCCCUGGAUGAACUUCUAACUGGUUGGGAGCACCUUUAUUAUUACUGCAGCCUGCGUGGGGUUCCAAAACAAUGUAUCCAUAAGGUAGCUGGGGACCUCGCUAGCCGAUUGCACCUUGACGCCCAUAUUAACAAACUGGUGAAGACAUAUAGCGGUGGCACAAAGAGGAAGCUUUCUACAGCUUUGGCUUUAGUUGGCAAACCCCAAAUACUUUUACUGGAUGAGCCCAGUUCUGGAAUGGAUCCCUGUUCCAAGCGCUACCUCUGGAAAGCCAUCAUGAAGGAAGUUCAGGAUGGCUGUGCUGCUGUGCUCACAUCCCACAGUAUGGAAGAGUGUGAAGCCCUCUGCACUCGUCUUGCUAUUAUGGUCGAUGGCGGUUUCAGGUGUCUUGGUUCUCCCCAGCAUAUUAAAAACAGGUUUGGAGAUGGCUAUUCAGUCAAGGUUUGGCUUAACAAAGAAACAAGUAACCAUGGUGCUAUUUUGGACUAUCUGCAGCUACAUUUUACAGGAACACAGUUUAAGGAACAGCGCCUUAAUCUGCAGGAGUAUCGUGUACCAUACGGAUGGGGCUGCUUACCAGAGCUCUUCAAAGUUUUAGAGAACCACAAAGUUUUGUUGCAAAUCAAACAUUAUUCCAUUAGCGAAACCACUUUAGAGCAGGUAUUUAUUAAUUUUGCUACUCAACAGCAGGAAACGCCGUCUUCUGCACAAGAAUCUCCCACCAAUCAUCACCACCAUCUGCCAGUCUAG